UAAACUUUCUUUAUAAAUUGUAAAGUUCCCCCACUCAGAAAAAAAGAAAAUACUAUACUUCUUAAAAUCUCUCAAGCGUCCUACAAAGAAACUUGGAUCCAAUGGAUGUCCUUGAAUUUUCUUUUUCUCUCUUGAUUAUCAUCAUGUUUUUCUCUUAUUCUACAUGGUACAUCACAAAAAGAUGGUUGAAAAGCUCAAUACCAACAAAUUGGCCUCUCCUUGGAAUGUUACCUGGCCUUAUACGAAAUGCUCAUCGUAUCCAUGAAUUUGUAACUGCUUUUCUUGGAGAAACAGGAGGCACUUUUGAGUUCCAUGGUCCUAUUCUUUCCAAUUUGAACAUGUUAAUUACUAGUGAUCCUUCAAAUAUCCAUCAUAUCCUUAGUAGAAAUUUCUCAAACUAUCCAAAGGGUCUUGAGUUCCGAGAAAUUUUCGAUAUAUUGGGAAAUGGAAUCUUCAAUGUUGAUUCUGAACUAUGGGAGAUUCAUAGGAAAACCACCAUGUCCUUAAUGAGCCACGCAAAAUUCCAAACUUUGUUGGAGAGAAACAUGAGGGACACUAUCGAAAACGGGCUCGUACCAAUUCUUGAUGCUUUUGCAAAACAAGGCGCCCCGCUUGAUUUGCAAGACGUUUUUCAGAGAUUUACGUUUGAUGCUAUCAGCAAAUUGUUACUUGACCAUGAUCCAAGAAGUUUAUCUAUUGGUUUACCUUAUGUUCCAUGUGAAAAGGCGUUCAACGAUGUUGUGGAUGCACUUUUGUAUCGACAUAUAUUGCCACAAAGUUGUUGGAAAUUGCAAAAAUGGCUUCGAAUUGGUAAAGAGAAAAAGCUCAUUCAAGCAUGGGAAGCUUUUGAUGAGUUCUUAUAUCCGUGCAUUUCACGUAAACAAGAAGAGCUGAUGCAUAAAACAAUCAAAGAGGAGGAUUUCGACUUAUUUACUGCUUAUACUAAAGCAUACAAUCAGUGGAAUAAUGGAGAUAAUUCAGGCAACGUACAAGAAUUUCUAAGGGACACUUUCUUGAAUUUGAUGUUCGCUGGAAGAGACACCACAAGUGCAGCUCUCACUUGGUUUUUUUGGUUCUUAGCUAAAAAUCCCUUAGUAGAGAAAAAGAUUAGGGAAGAAAUUCAACAACAAUUGCAUCUAAAAGAAGAUGAAAUUCUCAAGCAUUUCAACAUAGAGGAGACAAGAAAAUUGGUCUAUCUACAUGGUGCUUUAUGUGAAACUCUAAGGUUCUUUCCUUCAGUUUCAUUAGAACAUAAACUUCCACUUGAACUUGACAUUCUCCCGAGUGGUCACCGUGUUAGUCCAAACACGAGAAUUGUGCUAUCGUUCUAUACAAUGGGGAGAAUGGAGACUAUAUGGGGAAAAGAUUGUUUAGAAUUUAAGCCAGAAAGAUGGAUUUCAGAGCGAGGAAGGAUCAAACAUGAGCCAUCUUUCAAAUUUCCAGCAUUUAAUGCGGGCCCGAGAACUUGUUUAGGGAAAGAAAUGGCAUUCAUUCAGAUGAAAAUGGUGGCAGCCACCCUCAUAUACAAUUACCAUAUCGAACUAGUGCAACCUCAAAUAAUUUCUCCUACUCCUUCUAUUAUCGUUCAAGUGAAAAAUGGUCUGAAAGUUAUGCUCGUUAAAAGGGUUCAUCUCCAGUCUAGCUAAGUGGCCAAUGAUAAAUUGUAGUACCUUAAUCAAAAUAAAAUGUGUUAACUGAUACCAAAUGCGUGUAUCUAAUUUAAAGAAUUCAAAUAAAGUUUUCUUGCUCUUUAUCAAGUCGAAGUAUGUUUAUUGCGUAGAACACGUCCACAUCUACUGUAAGAUCCAAAGCCGUAUACUAAUCUUUGGGACUUGUCCCUUUGUUCUUA